CCCAGUGUAAGGACCAAAGUUUAGCAUAUAAUUUGGUGCUCUGGAAUUAUACACUGAAAAACUAUGUUUUAAUGAUGAUCUAAGGAACUUUUGGGAUUAAGAGAGGACAUCUUGAGUGUUGUAUGUGUUUCAGAGGGAGAUGGCUGUUCAGGCUGCCACCAUGAACUCACAGUUCCUAAAUUUCUGUUUCCCUGGUUCGGUUAUGGAGUACGAGGUGGAGAAGGGUCUGGAUGGCGCAUUCCUGGGUGAAGUGGACUGUGAGGGUGACUUCAGGGAGGCGACCAGUGACUUGCUCAGCUUCAUUGACUCUGCUUCCAGUAACAUCAAACUGGCCCUGGAUAAGCCAGUCAAGUCCAAGAGGAAAGUCAACCACCGCAAAUAUCUACAGAAACAGAUCAAGAGAUGCACAGGAAUCAUGGGACUGGGGAAUGGAACACCUCAGGAGGCUUAUAAAAGUCAUGACUCCACCUCAACUCCAACUAGCAUCAUUCAGAACAAAACACCCAAGCGGGACGGAGCUCAGGCCAACCUGCAGAGCAAAAGUCUGGCUGCUCUCUUCAACCAUGCCAAGGAUUUGCGGGGGGAGAAGACAAAAAAGCCUCCACUGCGACACCGAAACCUGCCAUCAUCCUUCUUCACAGAGCCAGCCAACAAUGCCAGAGUUACAUCCACUUCCGGCAUGUCCCUCAAAGAUCUUGAGCGGGGAAAUCCAGAUGCAACAGAGUUCUUUGAGCUCCUGGGACCUGACUACAGCAACAUGGUCUCUGAGCAGGAGCUCUUCCACACUAUGCCCAACAGGGUUCAACAGCAGGGAACCGUAGGACUGGAACCAAUCUCUUUUGACUCCCACAAUUUUGUGACAGGUGGUUUUCUGUAUACAGAACCAUGGGCCACAAGUAGUGGGGUGUCCAAAAAAACAGGGGACAUAAAGACAGUUCCAGGGCAGUCAUCUCUAUAUGGGAACACAGACUCAUCUUGCCCAGUGCCUAUAGAGCAGAACUCUACAUGUUCACUGACCUUUCCAAACCUCUUUACAGACUGCUCUGUUUCCCAGGUCCCAUAUGAUCUGGCCAGUGGAUACAGCCGAGGUAGUUUUCCAUCUCUUUAAGUGAAGCAGCUUUUUCACUAUCUGAAAUAACAUUUUGAAUAAAAAAGCUGCAAACGAGCAAUCUUUAACUAUGCAUCUAUAUGAUGAUUAAUCAGAAUGAACAUUUUGGACCAACUUAUCUGGUGAAAUUUUUGGCUCAGCCAGUGCAGAGGGAUAAUCUUGCUGCUUACUUGAUGUCAGGGACUUUUACAACAAUCUCUAAAAGCUUAAUGUUCAUUAGGACUUGGAAGUUAUAUCACCCCUUAGAUAUGAUAUUGGUGCAGGAGUUGAUUAAUAAUUUUUCAAAAUGUUUUAAUAUGCUUUUUCAUAGAGAUGAAGUCACCGUGGAUAAGGUGAGGGAUUAUUUUUAGAAUAUUAUCUCAGGGUGUCAUUUCACUUGUUUCCACACAUUAAAAAAUAACUAUAUGAUACUAUCAUGAUGAUACUAUAUGAUACUAUCAUGAUGAUACUAUAUGAUACUAUAAUGAUGAUACUAUAUGAUACUAUAAUGAUGAUACUAUAUGAUACUAUCAUGUAGUCUCAAAAGAAAAGACAAAGCCAAUUUUUAAAGGAACAUAAUCAGUUUUAACUGUUACAAUUUAUUAGAAAUAAAGACUACAGGAAUUGUGAUUAGAAAAUUAUGUUUUUCAAUUUGACAUAUGGAAAUAAAGUCAUAUUUUAUAGAGCAAUUUGGCGCUUUCAUAUUCAGAAAGAUGAUUGGCAUCCUCACACUUUUCUCAUUAAAUCUGUCAGUAGUAGAUUGUACUGUUAUUUAAAAGGCUUGCUUAAUAGCAUGUGCUCUUGGCUCUCUGUAGUACUGAGUUAUAUUAUUAAGAGAAUAUGGUAUGUGGAGUAUAUAUUCCUUUAAAUUUGGAAUAAAAGCAAACCGUUACUAAAACAGCGGAAGGAAAGCUUCAUCGACGGGGACUACAAAGUGAAUCUUGGAUUAUCACUACAGUCUAACUUUGGUUUAGGAUAGAAAAUGUGAGUAGAUCUUGGAUAUUUCAAAUUACAGUAGAAAACAGUGAGUCCAAAUUAUAACUCAUUUUAAUGGGUAGUGAAAUAUAGUGAUAUAGUUCUUUAUAUGGCAGGUGCCUUGAAUGGAUUUGGAACAUAUAAACUGUUGAAAGCACUGACACCUUGGUUUAUUAUAAAUAACCUCAAACUGUCAACAGAAGCAACACUCAAAUAGUUAAAGCAUUGUGUUUUAGGUUCUUACACUUGACUGCUCUCUUGCUACAUUUCACUUCACCUGAUGUGAGCAGAAGGAGCAAUAUGUUUGUCGACAUGACAGUAAAGUGAAGAAAGUGUAAAAAUUCUGCUUGUUCAGAAUAUAAAAAGGCACAAUAAAGCUGGUC